AUGGCACAAAUAAUAUUUAAUACAAUUAUUGCAACACUAAUUUUUAGUGCUUUUUUUAUCAGUCGUUUUUCAAACGGACAACUUACUAAUGAUUUUGGUUCACAAUUAAUGUCCCUUCAAGAUUUUGGUGAUGAUUACAAUAAUGCAAUAUUCGCAGACAUUGAUGGAGAUAACGAAAAUAGCUAUGAGAGUAUGGCUAAACGAGCACCAUUAGACCGAUCAGCGUUAGUCAGAUUCGGAAAGAGAGCUCCACUUGAUCGGUCAGCAUUAGUCAGAUUUGGUAAAAGAGCUCCACUGGAUCGAGCGGCUAUGGUUAGAUUUGGAAAGCGUGCCCCACUCGAUCGAGCAGCAAUGGUCAGAUUUGGAAAAAGAGCACCUUUUGAUCGUUCUUCGAUGGUUAGAUUUGGAAAGAGGAAAUAG